GCCCCUCGAGUGGAACCCUCGUUUUUUUUCACACAAUAGAUGUUCUCUUGGAUAUGCUACAUGUGCGAAUGUUGAAGAGAGGAUGCCGUGGAAGAGAAGCAGUCGCCAUGCUAAGAAACGGAGGAUGCCGUGGAAGAGAAGCAGUCGCCAUGCUAGGAAACGUCUAUCAAUUUUUCAAAACUCACAUACAAAGAAAACAUAAUUCUCAGUCCUCUCAGUGGUCAAGGGCAAUUGUGUUACCAUCAGAAUUUAAUGGUGCGAAUGGAGGUCAUUCUGCCACAACCCGCACAGAGAUAGCUGACUGCCCUGUCGGAUCGCACAAUGAGUGGGACCUGUUGGAAGAGGUCAUAGUCGGGAAUGUUGAAGGUGCUACAGUACCAAAGUUCACACCUGAGGUCAAAGCCAACACGAGUCACAAGAACUGGAAGUUCUUUGAACUGUAUGGAGGUAGGCCUUUUCCUGCUGAACACUUGAAGAAAGCAGCCACUGAGAUAGAAGAGUUCUGUAGCAUUUUACAUCAUGAGGGCGUGACUGUGCGCAGGCCAGAGCCAAUCGACUUCUCAGAGGUAUGCAAGACGCCAGAUUUCGAGUCGUCCGGCCUGUACUCCGCCAUGCCACGUGACAUUCUCCUCGUGGUAGGAGAUGAGAUUAUUGAGAGCCCCAUGGCGUGGCGGUCCAGGUUCUUUGAGUACCGCGCAUACAGACCGCUGAUCAAGGAGUACUUUAGACGAGGGGCGCGCUGGACAACGGCACCCAAGCCACAGAUGUCGGAUGAGUUGUAUGACCUGGACUAUCCGAUCCGCAGUGUCGAGGAUCGUCACAAGUUGUCAUCAGAGGGAAAGUUCGUAACCACCGAGUUCGAGCCGUGUUUUGAUGCCGCUGACUUCAUGCGGGCUGGACUUGACAUCUUUGUGCAGAGAAGUCAGGUAACCAACUAUAUGGGUAUCGAAUGGAUGAAGCGUCACCUAGGCAACCAAUACCGCAUCCACACGCUUUCCUUCGACGACCCAAACCCAAUGCACAUCGACGCCACGUUUAACAUCAUAGGACCCGGGCUGGUGCUCAGCAACCCAGACCGACCAUGUCAUCAAAUUGACAUGUUCAAAAAGGCCGGCUGGACGGUGGUGCAACCUCCGGAGCCGCUGAUCCCCGACUCCCAUCCUUUGUGGAUGUCCAGCAAAUGGUUGAGCAUGAAUGUGUUGAUGCUGGAUCCGACACGCGUGGUCUGUGAUAAGAACGAAACCACCACUAUCAAGAUGUUCGAGAAGCUUGGCAUCACCCCCAUCCCGGUCAGCAUCAGGUUCGCGAAUUCUCUGGGCGGAGGCUUUCAUUGCUGGACGUGUGACGUCAGAAGGCGUGGCAAGCUCGAGUCAUAUCUUUAGGUCCAAUAACUACUUACUUACGUUACUCUGUUUGGAAUAUUAUGUACGAUAUUCCUACAAUUUUUACAUGUAUUUUAUCGUUCAAUUUAUACCAUCGCUUUUGAAGUAAACAGCAGCUUUAUAUUUUGUUGAAGAUUAUUAACGCUCUAGACUUAUUUCUUUUCAUAUUCUUUAAUCAGUUUGCAUUAAUUUUUUUUCUCGCAUGUGUUACACUCGAAACAAUUUCGGGUGACAUUGAAGAUAGCACAGCUGCAGAGGAGAAACACUCUUUUUACACCAUUAAAUUCAAUGAUAUGUUUGGGGA